AUGACAUCGCACGGUGCGACUCAAGGAGCUCGAUCCGUUCUAAUUGCCGUUGAUGGUUCUGAUAAUGCGAAGUCUGCCUUUAGGUGGUACCUGAAGUGGUCACGCCGUCCGGAUGAUUUUGUAACAUUUUUACACGUCCUCGAACCGCCCUCCUUACCCGCCUUCAGCAUUUCAAAUCCCAGCUCACUUCCAACAGAAGAAUGGGGCAACAUUCUAUCCGUCCGUGUGCGAGCAGCUCAAAAGUUGGAAAACGAUUAUACUGCCGAGGCGCAAGGCGCCGGAUUGAAGUUCGAGUACCUCAGUCAACCGGCCGAUAAAGUUGGAGAGGCAAUAAUUAAACAGGCGGAAAAACAGGGAGCACAUCUCAUAAUUAUCGGCACACGCGGCCUGGGAGCAAUUCAAAGGACUUUUCUUGGCAGUGUAAGCGAUUAUGUUCUCCAUCAGGGCGUAGUUCCUGUAACGGUGGUGCCAACUGGUGUCUAG